AUGGUUGACAUUGUUGGGAAGAUUAAAGAAAUCCAAGAUGAGAUGGCUCGUACUCAGAAGAACAAGGCUACUGAGUAUCAUCUAGGUCUUUUGAAGGGAAAACUAGCCAAAUACAGAAGAAUGUUGCUUGAGCCAGAGCCAGGAAGUGGAGGUUCAAACAAGGGACAGGGGUUUGAAGUGCAGAAAAGUGGUGAUGCACGUGUAUGUUUAAUUGGAUAUCCCUCUGUUGGUAAAUCCUCUUUUCUAUCCAAAGUCACCAAAACCAAAUCAGAAGCUGCUGCCUACGAAUUCACAACUCUAACGUCAGUUCCUGGUGUGUUAGAAUUCGAAGGAGCUGAAAUUCAAAUUGUUGAUUUGCCGGGUAUUAUUAGGGGAGCUAGUGAAGGUAGAGGUAGGGGUAGACAGGUUGUUGCCACAGCAAAAACCGCCGACCUAAUCAUCAUUAUCCUUGAUGCCACAAAAUCCCACCAGCAGCGUCAACAUUUAGAGAGAGAGCUUGAAGCCAUUGGAAUUCGUUUAAACAAAGAGAAACCAAAUAUGAGCAUCAAACUGAAAAAGACAGGUGGUAUCAAGAUGAACACAUUAACACCGCCAAAGUAUAUAGAUGAAAAAAUGGUUGCAUCUAUUCUGAAAGAUUAUAAGAUACACAAUGCAGAUGUUAUGAUUAGGGAUGAAAACGUUACUGUUGAUGACUUGAUUGAUGUCAUCAAUGAGCAGCAUAUAGUAUACACUCCAUGUCUAUAUGUUUAUAACAAAAUUGAUUCGGUCUCACUUGAGGAAGUCGACAGGAUAGCAAGAGAGCCAAAUACAGUGGUCAUGUCAUGCGAGUUGGAUUUGGGAAUUCAAGAUGUGGUUGAUGAAAUCUGGUAUAGAUUAGACUUACUCAGAUUAUACACCAAAAGAAGAGGCUCCCCGCCUGAUUUCAAGGGGCCUAUGGUUGUCAGGCACGACUCCACUAUUGAAGAUGUAUGUAAUUCCAUUCACAGGGAUUUUAAGGACCAGUUUAAAUAUGCAUUAGUAUGGGGGUCCUCGUCCAAGUUUGGAAACGCACCACAGAAAUGUGGAUUGAACCACAAAGUUCAUGACCAAGACGUGGUGUCUAUCUUCACCAAAUGA